UCUUCGCUAUUCUCUCUCUCCUGCUGCCCAAGCCUUUAUCACGUGGACCACAUGGGUGUGGAGGAGCAUGGAAAGGUUGUGGAGGAGCAUGGAAAGGUUCAUAGGAAGAUCAUCAAAGUUGGGCCAUGGGGUGGCCAAGGGGGCUCACCUUGGGAUGAUGGCUCCUUUGAUGGUGUGUGUAAGAUAACGCUUGUGUAUGACCGUUGCAUAGACUCAAUACGUGUGGAGUAUGAUAAGAAUGGGAAAUUGGUGAUGGCAGGGAAGCAUGGUGGUGAUGGAGGCAAUCGUACGACCCAUAUAAAGUUUCAAUAUCCAGAAGAGUUCAUCACAGAAGUGAGUGGCCACUAUUGUCCGGUGGUGCACGGCGGCACCCCAGUGAUCCGGUCUCUGAAAUUCACCACCAACAUGAGGACUUAUGGGCCUUACGGAGUGGAGGAGGGCACUCCAUUCUCAUGUCCCAUGGAUGGGGGCCUUAUUGUUGGAUUCAAGGGCAGGAACGGGUGGUAUCUCGACUCGAUCGAAUUUCGACUCUCACGCCUCUAUUCCUCUUCUAACUUGCUUGAUGCCAUAAAACAGAGGAUCUGCGGCUGCCUCAAAAGGCCUAAAAUGGCGAGUGUUGCAUAGGUUCUCCUUAGGAGUGCUCCAUGUGUGUAUAUGUGUGUACUUGAUAAUAUGCAGAACUUUCAUUGAUAUAUUCAGUGUGUGUUUCUAUCUUGCAAUGUAUCUAAUACUAAGUUGUUUGAGUAAAGUUUAGCAGCAUAUUGGUA